AUGAGAAACUUGAAUCAUAUCUCUUUAUAUACUUUCACUGCUAGAGCUAUUCAUAGUUAAUUGGCAAUCAUAGGAGGUGGAACUGCAGGAUUGAAUGUUUCUGCACAAUUAGUGAAAGAUGGUCACUUUAUUCUACAAAAUGCACGCCUAUUAAACAGGAUGGAUGUUAGUUGGUAGAUAAUGAUGAUCUAAUGAAGGUGGUGGUAUGUGUAAAGUUGAGUAAACAAUGAAACCAAUGGAAAAGGUUCUACCUAAAAAUGUAUGUUUGAGAGAUUGUCCAGUUGUGAGAAUGAUCCAGAAUAAAAUAUAAUUGUAACAAUGGAUGGAUAGAAAUACACAUAUGAUUAAUUGAUUGUUGCAAGUGGAGUGCAACGUGAUUAUGCAUCCAUUAAAGGUAUAAAUUUAUUAAUUAUUAUAGGUGCUUUGGAAUAACUGAACAAUCCAGAAGCACCAGUAGGAAGUAUUUACUAUUAUAGAUAUGCUCAAAAGAUUGAUAAAAUGAUUAGAGAAUUUGAAGGGGGUAAACUAAUAUUUUCAGAACCACCUACAAAAUGUGAAGGAAUUCCAUCAAACAUUGUAUUCUUAACUCAUGAAAGAUUAUCAACCAGAGGAGUCAAAUGUGACUUUCAUGUUUAUAAAGCCAAUGAUUCUAUUUUUGGCAUUCCUAAAUACUCACAAAUACUUGGAGAAUUGGCACAUGAGAAAGGAUUACAUUGUCAUCUAAAAAAAAGAUUAAUUGAAGUUCAAGAUCAUAAAGUUAUCUUUGAGGAUAUUGAAACUAAACAAUAAUAUACAUCUGAUUAUGAUUUCUUGCAUAUUGUUCCACCUUUAGUAUUAUAUGAAUUUUAUAUCUUAUUAAGAAACCAGCUGCAUUCAUUGCUGAAAGUGGAUUGGGUGAUUCAGAUGGAUAUGUUAAUGUUCAUCCUAAUACACUUCAACAUAUACGUUAUCCAAAUGUUUGGGGUCUUGGAGAUUGUUCAUCAGUUCCAACAUCUAAAACGGCUGCUGCUUUAAUGGCUUAAACUCCAAUUCUUAUUAAAAAUCUUAUAAGAACAUGGAAAUUGAAAUAGAACCCUCUACCAGAAUAUCAAGAUAUUAAAUUAAAAAUAGUAUUAAGGUUAUACUUCUUGUCCUGUCUAUACUUCGAAUAAGAAAGUAUUGCUUGCUGA